ACUCCGACACCAGGCCUGUUACUGCAGUUCUAUAAGCUGGGACAGUGGGCUAAGACAUGUGUCAUUUCUCCCACUUGUUCAACCGCUCCUGACCUUCUAUGCCAUACGCCCGACUGCACGACUCAACGGACGACAUUCCUCUAACGACCCGCGACGACGUUCGCGACCACCGUAUGAGCUACGCACAGGAGCGUCGACGGAAACCGCCCAUGGAUGCCAAGCAACGCAUGCGGCUCUUAAGGUCUUAUGCACCAGAUUGGAUUAUAACCAUAGUUCUCGCUGCCGCAUUCUUUGCCCUUGACUGGGUACCUGGUUUCAAACGCGAGUUCAGUCUAGAAGACACGUCACUCAGACACCCCUAUGCCGUCCAUGAACGUGUCCCUGACUGGGCAUUGUAUAUCAUUGCCUUCUUCGCGCCGUUGAUCCUACAGAUUGGCAUCAACUUCCUGUCCAUCCGGUCCUGGUGGGACUUCCAUAACUCAUUCCUUGGCCUACUCCUUGGACUUGCCCUCGCAGGCUCCAUUACCCAAUUUGCCAAGGUUACGGUAGGACGGCCUCGUCCAGACGUGAUCUCCCGCUGCAUACCCGCAGCAGGAUCCCAAGAUCCUCGGUUCGGCCUCUCGACCUUCAAGAUAUGCACACAAACGGACAUUGCUAUACUCAAAGAUGGUUUCCGCAGUUUCCCUAGCGGACACUCCAGCCUGUCCUUCGCCGGUUUGGGCUUCCUGAGCUUUUACCUCGCGGGCAAACUGCACCUCUUUGAUCGACGUGGACAUGCUGGAAAAGCGUGGCUCUCUCUAACUCCACUUUCUGGUGCAACUCUCGUGGCGAUAUCCCGGACGAUGGACUAUCGCCAUCACUGGCAGGAUGUGCUUGUUGGGUCCGCGCUUGGGCUAGCGAUGGCGUACUUCAGCUACCGCCAAUAUUAUCCGUCCUUAACCUCUGCUUUGUCUCACCGUCCUUACUCUCCCCGCAUCCGCAGGGAGGAGGACCUCGACUUACCCACUCAUACGCACCACAGAUCCUCAGGUUCCCAUUCUGACCGCCCGUUCACGGGCAUAUCUCCUGACCAAGACGCUGGAUUGCCGUAUGUGGCCCGAGACGACGCGAGUAGCGAAGAGCUCCCCGGUCCCGAGGGUACAGUUCUCAGAACGGGUCCGGGAAAUACCAGCCACUUUAACUCGGUCUGGAAAGAUGGGGAAGAGGGAACGGGUGUACAUGCCGGGCGAUAG